CGAUCGCGCGCGCACCGGGGUCUUCCCGGUCACGUGUCCCCUCUCGUCUUGCUCGCGCUUACGCGGCACGCUCGAACGGAAGCGCACCCGACCGUACCGCGCGCGGACUCGUCAUGUAAUUUGAAAUUGCGAGCAGCAAUUAACGCCUUUUUUUUCUCUUGGUUUGCUUACUUUUUUUCUCGUUUUCUAUUUUUCUAAUUUUCGAAGGAGAAGAAAUAAUUUUGAUUUUUUAGAUAUUGGUUUUUUGUAUCGGGAUAUUUCCUUUUUUCUUUCUUUCCUCUUCAAGAAGAAAUGUGAAGAGUUGGUUCGAAGGUUGAUCAUAGUUUAGAGGUUGAAGAUGGACAACGGGUGAAAUUUUAAGCAAGAUUGUGCAAAUUGAAUGAUUAAGAUUUAAGGUGGUUGAGGGAUACGAUUCAGUGAGAUGUGAGCCGAGGAUGGAGCUGAAGAUCAGCAUACUGCUUCUGGCGCUUCUACGCCUCGCCAGCACCCUCGAGAACACGAAGGAGGAAGAGGAAGCGGAGGAGGAUGAUGAGGAUAAUUAUCCCGUGGACGAUUAUGACUACGGUGACUACGAGAGCGCGACGAUAACCAGCGAUAUCGAUCUUAUCGCCGGUGGCUCGUUGCCGAUCUUCCUGGCCGAGCCUGUUGACACGUUCGUGGUGAAGGGGAAACCUGCAACCCUUCAUUGCCGCGCGGCUCAUGCUCUUCAGGUGUAUUUUCGCUGUAACGGUGACCGGGCUGAACGGUCGCAGCACCAGGAUUUUGUCGACCCUCGUACCGGAACAAGGGUCGUCGAGGUCGAGUUGAACGUGACGAGGAAUGAGGUCGAGGAGUACUUCGGUAGGGAGAGGUUCAAGUGCGAGUGCGUGGCAUGGUCGGGACCAGGUCAGAUUCGAGGGCAGCCUGCCACGGUUGAGGUCGCUUGCCCUCGCCUGGUGGUCCUCGUGCACAGACCUGAAGAAGCACUUCCUGUCGCCGCCGUACUCGUUGUCCGUGGAGGCUGGACGGAACCUCUCGAGACGAUCGCCGGCUCGACGCCGGCUUCCUCCGACAGCAUACCGAACGACGUGACAGGGGCCAGCAACUUCGUACAGACCGGCGAUGGACACCUGAUACUGGGAAAGGCAGAGCUGAGGCAUCAGGGGAAUUACUCGUGCGUCGCUGAGAACAUCGCCGCGAGGCGGGUCAGUGAACCGGCCGUGUUGACGGUUUACGUGAACGGCGGAUGGUCUUCCUGGUCCGGAUGGUCGGACUGCAGCACCCGUUGCGGCCGAGGUGUACAAAAGAGGACGCGAACGUGCACGAAUCCCAUGGCCAUGAAUGGGGGUCAAGCUUGUCCGGGUCCAGCCACACAGAGGGUCGAGUGCAAUCCUUCCUGUCCCGCGGUCGACGGCAGAUGGUCAAGCUGGUCCUCCUGGUCCGCAUGCGGUCCCGAUUGUUCCAGAAUAAGAAGAAGAUCCUGCAACGACCCCCCGGCGAGCAAUGGUGGCCGUCCCUGUCAAGGCAAGGACGUCAUCGUCGAGUCUUGUUCCGCGGAUCGAUGUAAUGCUCUCGGACAGGAUGGACCCAGAGUCUUCAAGGAAGCAACCAGGGCGAUCGAUCACAGGAACAUAUUGGCCCUUUGGAUCACUCUGAGCCUGGCUGCGAUCAUUCUGGCGCUGACCACCAUCUUCUUCGUUCGAUUGAUGCGUCGGAAGGAAAGGAUGGAGGCUUUGUACGGUGUGGCCAGGUUGGACUUCCGUCGUCCGGGCGAUCUCGCGAAAUCCGUGGUGUCGAAGAACGAUCGCACGGUUCUCUCGGUGGACAGGCGGUUGGAGCAGGUGAUAGACGACCCGUUGAAAGUCUCUCUGACGAUACGCAGAUCUUGCUCGGAGCAUCACUACGAUGUGCCACAGCUCUCGCUGCCCUCGACCACCAGGCCAUCGCCCAGCUCCUCCGUGACCAGAUCUUCCUGCAAGAACUCGCAGCGUGGUAGAGGCUUAUCGGAUAACGAGGAGGGCCGAUCAUCUCGUUCUACCUGCCAGGCGAAUCAGGAAAGCACCAACGAGGACGACGACGAGCACGAUGACGAAGAUAGAAAUGGAGAGGACGACAGGAAUCACGAGGAUUCUAGUGGCUUCAUUGUAAGAGCGAUGGUGGACGAGCAAGGUGCGCUUUUGGUGGUUCCAGAAGUUGGAGUCUCGAUGUCUAUACCCGAAGGAGCUAUCUCCCGUGGAAGAAGACACGGUUUACAUUUGGCCGUCCUUGGGGACGACUCUCUAAGACCUAGUUUGCCGCCCAGUCUGACUCUGCUGUCAGCCGUAGUGGCUUGUGGCCCGAGUGGAAUAGAUCUGGUGAAGCCAGUGAUCUUGCAAUUCGAGCAUUGUGCUGAACUCAGGACUGGUAACUGGGAACUGAGCCUCUGGUCGACCGACCUUGAUCUCGAGACUCGAUCCAACAACUCGAGCAACUCCUCUACCAGUUCUAAUCUCACUUCGAGCUCGAUGUGGAGAAAGAUUUUGACUCUGGGAGGUGAACCUAUAAAUCUUCCCGGUCAACCGUUCGCGCAACUAGAUCAUUCCGGAGUUUUCUUGGUCACUGAGACUCCUAGUGUAUACGCAGUGGCUGGGGAGAAUUCUGUGGUGGCGCCAGGACUCGCGGUGAAGAGAAUUUGCGUGGUUGUGUUCCUCUCGCGUGAAAGAGAUCACAUCAGGUGCCAUCUGAUGGAGGACACGAAAGCUGCUUUCAAGCUUGUAACAGAACAGGAACGUCGGCUAGGUGGCACUCGUAUCGACCACGGAGCCUUAGGUUUCAGAGCCGGGAAUUCACCGCUUCGAAUCGAUUUGGAGGACAGAGAAAGCGGAUUCGUGGAACGGCAAGAGAUACCGCAUCGUCGUAUCUGGUCUUCUACGAGGACCAGCGUGAGAAGAUCAUUCAGGAUCGAGAAAACAGUGGGCGAUCUGAGGCUCAGUUUCGAGCUACGCGUCUGCCAAUGCGGUUUCGAAGAGCACACAUUGUUCCUGAGAAUUGACCUAGAUCUGAUGAAGAGGAACGGAUCCAGUGGGAAGAGGACCACGAAGUCUGAGUCAUCCAUCGUUCUUCGUGGGAAGAAUUCGAACAGGUCGACCGAAUCCGUCGUUCCCAGACCGUUUAGAUUUUCUAAAACGCUUAGAAAACAGUUAUGUCAGUGUCUUGAUCCGCCAAGCGCGCGAGGAAAUGAUUGGAGAAUGUUAGCGCAAAGACUUCAAGUAGAUCGAUACGUCGAUUAUUUCGCGACGAAAGCCAGUCCAACGGAGCACAUCUUGGAUUUAUGGGAAGCGAAACAUCAAGAGGCCACAGCUCUAGCAGACCUAUUGAACCAUUUAAGACUGAUGGGACGCGUGGACGCCGCUAAUGUUCUCGAAAGUCGUCUCGGUCCAUGGAUUUGAGUUACGAAUCAUCACUGCCCAAUGAGACACCCAUCGUUCAAGAUUUUACAAUGUUUUGUACAUAUAAAAGAAUCGUCUAUAUUACGAA